CUUAGGAUUUAAUUCAUGUUUUGUUUGUGUGACUUUUCGUAACAAUAUCCAUAUGAGGAAGGGUUCACGCUGUAUCCAGUGCGUAAAAUGUUUUUAUUUUCAGGCAUAUAACGGAGGCUGUUAAAACUACAUCGAAAAUUGUUUCUAUAUUAGCAAAGGCUUUAGUUUUUAUUGCUGUGGAUCAUUCCAUACACUGCUUAUUUAAUUACUUUACUUUUAUACUGGUAUAUUGGUUGUCAGUAUGUUUAAUGUCUCUUGGGGUAUCAAAAUAAAUAUUAAAUCCUCUCGGAUGUAGUGUUGGUAAAGGUUUUUUCUGUAGAAUUUUAGACAUGGAUCUCAAGGGAUUCUUCUCGCACGCUUUUUUAUUUUUAUACUGAAAAAUUAUAAAAAGUCCAAGAUUUCCUUGUAACAUAUGACAUUCCGAACCUUGUUCAAAAACAUUCCUAAUUGCUGCGCAUGGCUUUGAAAUUAUUUUCGUCCCUUUUCAUCAUCGCUUUUGUGCUAUUCGUUAGAUUCUCGCUUGCCAAAAGCCGUUACUUCCUUAACGGAGCUUGUUAUCCGCCUUUGGCUUUCUGCUUGUUGCGAUGGCUUGUUUGUGUGCUUUAUACUUACUUUGCUUUGUAUUGUGAAAUACGAGCGGGAUUUUUCCAGUUAGCGUGCGAUCUGCUUUUGUUACGUUAGAAUGGCCGCUUGACUCUAUAAAAGGACAGAGAGCGUCUUUUUUCUUUCUUUUUCUGUCCGAGGGAAAUAAGGAAGUGACAUCUUUUAUUUAUGGAUGGAAAUGCUUGUCUUAAAGAAUUUAAAAUAUUGCAAGGCAGUUGGUUUUAUUUGUUUUAUACGCAUUUGAUAGUUCACAAAUAUUCAUUGCGUGUAUGUUUAGAAAUGUAUGCGGUUGGUAUUUAAUGUCCUUUGCUAAUUAAUGAUUGGAAAGUCUCAGGAGUGUGAGUGUUGAUAUUUGCUUGUUUUGGAAGUAAAGAAGAAUGCCAUCUACCGCAUUGGCCUGUUUUAUUAGGUUACACGUAGUAUUGUACUCUCAUUAUGUUUGCAACUUCAGAAAAACAUACAAAUCGCAACAGGUACGAAUAUUGGCUCUCGCCUUUAGCACUUUUAAUAUACUUUUAGCGUAAUUUAGUGUGGUUGAACGAAUUUCAGGAGAAUGCACUAAAUGGGGUUGAUUCGUGGGUUUCAGUGGUGCCUCAUUAAGGUUAGGGUAAGGGCAGUGAACCGAGCGAAAUGAGGUCAGUCUCUGUCCUUCUCCUAUUUUUUUGUUUCACGUGUUCCAAGGAAAUUAAUAAAGUGGUUUUGAUUAAUGAUAACGGCGUUAGUGACCUUAUAUGUUACAAUGCCUAAUACCAUCACUCAAUCAGUCUGUCAACAUUCUGGAAGACAUGAACGAUCUUUCAUUUUGUCCUGCCUUUCGAGUUGGUUUCAAGCAGUGAUAAUGAAGGGUCGAUUCAAAUUUAGUUUUUAGACGGUUGUUGAUGUACUCGCAAGUAAAGCGUUUUCGGAGUAUUUCCUAGAAAUUUAAUUUUACGAUUCGUUGUGAUUUUAAUCUACAAAGGAGUAUGUACGGUCUUCUUGAGGCUUGAGCAUCUAAAUUCGACGAUUCCACACCAGCCGGAACAGUUACAGGCGAGUUGAAUUUUUGUUUGAGGAUUAUUUGAUAAAGAAAGGAACUUUUUGUGUUUAUAUAUGGCUAUAUAGACUUGCAAGUACCGUAAAGAUGGCAAAACUAGUUCAUAGAAUUUUUAGUAAAAUAUUGAAUUUUUUUAUACUUAACUGAAAUGUUUUUAUUUAUACAACAAUUUAGUUUUAGAAAUAGAACUGUGCAUGUUUUCCCCUUUAAUCUUUCCUUCAUUUCUUGGGGCUUCCAGAUACCAAUAGCAGUUUUCAGCUGAUUCUGCGUGACAUCUCCCAACAUUUUAUUCAUGUACCGGAGUAUAUUUUUAAAUUUAGUAUACAAUGCUGCUGUUGCUGUGAAGCUAGAGGAGAUCUGCGAACAAUAGACUGAAAAAGGAUACAUAACCAAAGGGUAAUACUUUCACCUUGAUGAGGUUGGGGCUUCAGGAUCCUCGCCACUUGACCAAGUUUAGUUAGACAUCGUUGAACAUAGUAUGUGCCUAGAUGUGAGGCGAGGCGGCCAGGAUGUUGAGAUGGGUGGGGAGGGGACCAUGUCGUCUGUUUUUAGCGGUUGGGUCCAUCCGCCUCGUAACUCCGCCUCCUCCUCCUCCUCCACCUCCACCUCCUUCCAUCACUCCCACGACGCCGCCUCACCUACUGUCCUUGUCCCUACUGGCGGUGCUGCUCCUGCUAGCAGGAGGCGUGCUGGCAGAACCCCUCCCCCAACCAGCUCCAGUAGGUGACAGCGGUGAGAGCCUGGACCACCCAGGGGCGGCCCCAGGAGAAGCUCUGGUGGGCAUGGAUGACAGUUCGCCGCCCGUAAUCCUAGAGGACCCCAAAGAUGCCUACGUCAUCAAGAACAAGCCUGCUGUCCUUACCUGCCGGGCGGCGCAUGCGCUUAGAGUCUUCUUCAAGUGCAACGGGGCCACCCCAGGUUCCGAGGACGAAACGGAGAUGUCCUUCGUGGAACCGAUGACGGGCGUGAGGGUGGUGGAGGUGCAGCUGCAAGUGAGGAAGAACAUCCUGGAGGAGAACCACAGCCUCGACGGCUACAUCUGCUACUGCGUCGCCUGGAGUUCCCGCGGAGAGACCAACAGCAAGUCCGCCAAGGUUUCCACUGCAUUUAUUCGGGGAUACUUCGAGGAGCCCCCGUAUUCCCAGUCGGUGGCUCUGGAGCAGGAGGUGGAGCUGAGGUGUCUCUCGCCUGAAGGUCGACCUCAGCCGGAGACCAGGUGGCUCAAGGACGGCAAUCCCAUUGACCUGACCAAGCACCCGACCUUCAGGAUAUCAUCAGAAGGUUCUCUGUUAAUCCUAACUGCCCGGACGGAAGACUCGGCGAACUACACCUGUGUAGCGGAGAAUGUAGCUGGGACUAGGACGUCGGAUCCUGCUGUAUUGAAAGUCUUCGUUAAUGGUGCCUGGGCGUCCUGGUCCUCCUGGUCUUCGUGCAGUAAGCGGUGCGGGCGCGGCGUGCAGCGUCGUACACGGACGUGCACGGCUCCUUCUCCCCAGAACGGCGGCGAUGCCUGCAUUGGGGAGGCCGUUCAGAAAGCUGACUGCUCUAAUAUAUGUCCAGCCGUGGACGGUUCCUGGUCGUCGUGGUCGUCUUGGUCCACCUGCAGCCCGGACUGCCGUCAUCACCGCCAGAGGUCGUGCUCGGCCCCUCCGCCCCAGCACGGCGGCCGGUACUGCGAGGGGGAAGAUAUGACCUCCACCAACUGCACCGGCGGAAUGUGCAGGGGUGGUUCGACUGUGAGGAUGUAUGGCGACAGGACGAUUACGGAAGAAGCUACUGCCGCAGUCAUGCAGCAGGAUGUGACCCUGAUAGUCGUGUUGGCCGUUCUGGUGCCGUUGGUGCUUCUCCUGCUGGUGGUCGUCUUCAGGAAGUUCAACCGGAAAGACAGAAAUGAUGGACCUAUGUACGAAAUUGCCACGUCAGAUUACCCAAUGUCAUUCUACAGUAAAACAACGAAGAAGAUGAACGGUCUAGGUCCUCCUCCAGACGUUGCCCAAGAGGUUCCCACAGCGCCUCCACCCUUGACAGCUCACCCUCUGUGCUAUAACCCAGCCUACAGUGACCCAGCUUACAGCGAUCCAGUCUCGGUCUCCAGCGACCAGAAGUCUAGCCUAGGCCUGAUGGAUUCCAUGUACCAAGAACAUUACUCCGCUCCUGCCAGUGGCGCUGGAGGGGGAGGAGGUCACUCUGGUAGCAUCACCUCGACUUCCGAGCAUCACUACGAUGUGCCCCACUUGAGAUGUCACCACAUCCAGGAUUCUCCGACGCAUUCAGAGGCUGCGCAUCUUCUUCCCUCGAGGUCUCUGGUCACGCCCACCAUGAAUGGAAGUCUUCGGAGCCAAUGCCUGGACUCUUCAGAUUCCUCUCAGGACAAGCCUACGAGGAGUAACUCUCCAGCCUCCCUUUCGAGUGAUGCCUCUGCUUUCCGACACACACUAGCAUCCUACACGGAACCUAAUCGUGGCUGCCAGUUGCCUCAAGAUGUACUGGAAGCAGAUGGAAUGACUUGGGGUGUGAUGACGUCAUCUGGUGGCAGGCUAUCAUUAGCGGAGUAUGGUGUUGCUCUUACCAUACCCGAGGGAGCUUUACCAAGGGACACCUGCCAUCAGAUAUAUAUUGCUGCCAAAUCUCAUCCACAGAGUGGUCCUCCUCUUUCUGAUAGGCAGACUCUAUUAAGUCCUGUUGUCAUGUGUGGCCCUGCCAAUGUUCAGCUGCUGAAGCCAGCAGUGCUGUCUUUCGAGCACUGUGCAUCCUUGCAGCACGCGACAUGGCAAGUGCACAUAUUUUCUGCUGAUACGCUUGUCAGAUGUAGCGUAAAUGAGCCAUCCUGGUUCAGAUUGAUAACCAUAGGAGAGGAGAGAAUUGACACGCCUGUUCUCACCCAACUUGAUGGUUCUCAGGUGCAUCUUAUGAUGGAAACACUCCAGCAGUUUGUCCUUGUCGGUGAAAGUGCUGGUUCUAAUGCUGCUGUGAAACAGCUGAAGGUUGUCGCUGCAGCACCUCCGCCCACAGCCUCUGGUGCCUUGAAUGUCUCUAUCAGCAUCACACACGACACCACAGCUGGCCUAGCAAGUAUCACACAGAUAGAGAGGAAAAGGGGUGCUUCUCUCUUAGACAAGCCCAAGACCUUGCUCUUGCAAGACUGCGGUGCUAAUCUUUGCCUCACCCUAGACGAGCUUGGCCCUGGCUGGCUUCUCCCUCCUUCUCAGCAGUACCAGGAGGUGUCCUUUGAACGCUUAUGGAAGGGCAGCCAGGAAGCUGUGAGCGUUGCCUUCACCCUCAACAGAAUCGAAGGGAGUGAAGCUCCCCUGGCGUGUCGAGUAGUAACCCAGCAGAAAGGCCUUUCCACGCACAGGCAGCUUCUGCGGAUCAACUCCGAUUUCCCUUACGCCCCAGUGACAGCUUCCCCAGCGCAUACUACCACCAGGAGUCUGACAGUGACGUCGAGCAGCGAAGGUUCAUCCAUGGUGACGCUGACCCCGGAAGCAACGACCUUCCGCCUACCUCAGCGCCUUCGGCAGGAAUUGUGUCGUUGUCUCGACCCGCCCAACGCCAGAGGAAAUGACUGGCGAAUGCUGGCUGCCAGGCUCAAUCUCGAUAGGUACCUGAACUACUUCGCUUGUAAAACGAGUCCUACGGAACAUAUUCUGGAUCUGUGGGAGGCUCGGCACUGUGACCCCAACGCCCUGACGGACUUGCUGAAUAUCCUGCGAGUCAUCGGAAGGCCCGAUGCUGUCCACGUCCUCGAGAGUCAUUCAGGGGCUUGGGUGUGAGGGUCUCCUCGCCCAGGUACUUGAGACUUUCCGGAAGUCCUGCGCGUCACGGGUUCGGUUUUCGUAGAGUCCUGUUCAGUUAAGGACUUCAUUGUUUACAAGCACGUUCGUCCAAGCGCCUGGGUGAUUGGAAAGCCUCAGAUGGCACUUCCUAAUGGCUUAAAUGAUUUCAUUUUUGAGGUCCCACGAGAUCCUACUCGGUCAAGGAUUGAACGACUCGUACCUCAAAACCUUUCUUACCCAAGGAUGCGUCGUGGGAUCCUGGCUGUUCAAAAGACCAAGAGAAUGGUUGUCUCAAGUUCUCGCCGGACAGGACUUUUGACUUGAGUGAACUCCUCAAGUUAAUUUUCCUCAAGUUCAUUUUACUUAAGAACUGAGUAGGACUUUGUGAUGAGCCCUAAUUCUGCUGCGUUCCCAAGUGAUCCUCCCAGUGACUUAAGGAAAGCCGUUUGUAAUAACUGAAGGAGUGAUGAAAGAGACAAGAUCAUUUAUCCAAAAGCAAGUGAUGUUACAUUUUCUGUUAACGAUGUGGCUAAAUAUUGUGUUUUUUAAGAGGAAACCCGAUUUAAAAUAGCAGCAUAUUUAACGCGCUUAGUGUAACCAUGAAAUCUUGAAAGUUUGUUCAUAAUUAUUUGAGGUUAUAGAGCUGAAAACGUUGUUAAAGACUUGUUGAAAAAAUCCAAAAUUUUAAUUAUAAAACCUUACCAUGUCGGAAGAGAUUGAACCAUUUCUGAUCAUAAGUAAUGGAUACGGUUUUACUUUCUGUAAACAGAGGUCGUGAAGAUUAUUGUCUCAGCAUUUUCCUCUGUUACUGAAAAGCAUUAGUGUGACUUACAGGUGGGAAAUGAAAGUGCAUUUUUAAUUAUUAUAAAAAGGGUCAGAGGAACAAAAACAGUGGUUCACAUUGCUGAAUAAGACUUCGUGAAUAAGUAUGAAAACAUAAGUUAUUUGCAACACCGCUGCCAAAGUGUUUAUAGUGUUCGUAGCAAAAGUGACUUCCAUAGAAUUUCCGUAAACAUUUCCCAAAUUUGGGUCCACGUAACAAAGAUACGAUUGACAAUAAAAAAAAAACAUGAAGUGCCAUAAAGUGAAACCAUUUGUUUUAACAAUUACCGCGAGCUUUCUCAUACGUAGAAGAAUAGUGAAAAUAAUAAUAAUUAAAAAAAAAUAAAAUGGAGUGAACAAGUUCCUCGUGUGAAUUCCUUAUAGUACAGUCAUCUCAUAGUGAAACAUUAAAAUAGACAAAUAAGAGAAACCGUGCAUUAUUAUUUUGAUAUAUGAAGAAAGGUAUAGCAGUUUUUUGCAUGUGUGAUAAUAAACGUUUAGCCGUAGCUAAUUGUAGUG